GCUGUGAGUUUGCCUCAUAAGUCUGUGCUACUACCCCCUGCAGUGCAUGCGUGUAGCCAUCUUUUAUUUGUUAUAUGGGCUGUGCACAAUGGGCUAAUCAUCCCUUAAUCAGAAGGCCAGUUCCAGGUGUGCCUCUGACCUGCCCCCUUAUAUAAAGAGUCUCAGGCGAGGGCUGCUGUAUGUUGUUUACUAGGUGCAGGGGGUAAAGUGUGUUGCAGGCAACCUGGGCAUGCCUUCUUUGCCAUGGAUUUGUCCUUUGGCAUUUGGCUUAUAUUCACAGGCCUUCUCUGGGCAGCAGAAGCGUUCCCCUCAGGAAGCCGUGGUGACUCCUUCCAGCCCAGAGAGUCUGAAAAGCAUGCUGUUGGUAUGACUGGGAAUCUACCUGCUGGUGAUGAGAUCCUCAACAUUAAUAAAGAGCUCAUCCCUCCAGAGGCACCAGGGAGCAGCUUCCUGAUGGAAGGUGACAUUGUGAAAGUGAGCCCUUUCAGACUGUUCUCAUCUGCAAGCCCAAAAUGGCCAAAGAGAAGAGGCACAGUCCAAAUUCCUUAUGUCAUCUCCUACAAAUAUGAUAGGCCUAGUGUGAAGAUCAUCCAGGAAGCACUUGCAGACUUUGCAAAGUUCACCUGCAUCAAGUUUAUUCCAUAUUCUUACCAGAAAGACUUUAUCUCCAUCAUGCCAAUGUCUGGGUGCUUCUCCAGCGUUGGACGCACUGGUGGGAUGCAGGUGGUCUCCUUAGCCCCUGCUUGCCUCAAAAGUGGGAAGGGUGUGGCUCUGCAUGAGCUCAUGCAUGUGGUGGGUUUCUGGCAUGAGCACUCCAGGGCUGACCGGGACAAGUACAUUAGCAUUUCCUGGAAUGAAAUCUUGACUGGUUUUGAAAUCAACUUCAUGAAAUCCUGGACUAGCAACAUGUUGGUGAACUAUGAUUACUCUUCAGUCCUACACUAUGGCAGGUAUGCCUUCAGUAUGACUGGCUUGCCCACCAUCAUACCACUCUCCAACCCCAAUGCUGCUCUUGGGCAGAGGUGGAAUCUGAGCAGUUCGGACAUCGCCAGAGUCAACAAACUGUACAAAUGUUCUCAGACUGGGACAGAAUCAGAAAGACCAACUGUAAGUACCACCAAAGAGAGGGUAAUGGACUUCAUCCCAAAGCAGCUGGAACCUUGCCCAACUGAAGGGAAAAUCAAAGUGUCCACCCCCUUUCCCACUGCAGGAGCCUUGUCUCCAGGAACCAACCCCCCCAAAACAGCCCAGUGUGUAAGGGGGCCCUCUAAACAAACAAGUCCAUUCAGAGCUGGCACGGAGGAACCCAUGGGCAGAACUGCAAUGGAUGAUGGACUAAAAGUGCCUUUGACUCCAGGGUGGGGUGUUGAGUCAGUGACAUUUGAGCCUACAAAGCUGUCUAACCACGCCAAGACUUACCUGGAAGCUACUGGGAAGCCCCCUCCACCUCCCAUGAAAAUGAGGAUUGUAGAAGCUGAGGGGCAAGCUCUGAUUCCUACAGAGGACUCAUCACUCCUGGGAGCUGAAUCCAUUAAAGAGCCUGACUUUACUACAGUAAUGACCUCUCCAAAGAGCCAGACAAGCCACCAUGGGCAGGCUGCAGAGGGACUUAGUACCAUUAAAAUUUCCACAAAAACUCUUGCAGAGACCAGUUCUGGUAAUUCAAGCCCUGCUAGAGUAACCCUUAUGGAGAUGAGGGAAAUAGUUGAGACUACCAACAUCCAAGGAAUGGAGUUGACUUAUCUUCCUACUUAUUGGACCCAAAAGGGGCCAACUCCAGUAAUGGAAGUUGGUGUGGUGGCCUUGUCUCUAGACCAAACAGAGUCUCUGGAGACUCAAACUGAGUUGGCCACAGAGGAGAGCACCAGCUUGUUGGAGAGUGCGAGAAUCUAUAGAUCAGCACCUUUGUCUCUGGGGCCAACCCCCCUUGAGCAAGUAAGUGCAGCAGAAACCUUCCAUCCAACAAGCACUGAAAAAUUGACCACUAGACUGGUCUGCUCCAGAGCCAUAACCUCCAUGGCACCCCCCAGGACCACAUCUGCCCCAACUUGGGAGACACUGUCUCCAUUUCAAGAGAUGAUCCCUGUGACACACGCUCCAGAGCAGACCUUCCUGCUACCUUCCAUACAGAGCUGGGCCAGCAGCCUGACCAAAAGAAACCAGCCUGCAAGUGGCCAGACAUACAGCUCAGGGAGUAAUGAGAGAAGCACCAUUGCCAUGCCUGCUAGAGGCAUUACAGAGACUGAACCCGCAGACAUGAUGCAACCUACAACAGUAAUGAACUCCUCAGAGAUGGCUGAGAACCAUACAACUUACCCAGUGGAAAUAGGACUGCAGGAAGGCACAACUAGGCAUAAAGGUACAGCCCUGCAUUCAUCAGGAAUUGAAACAUCCUAUAAAGUACCUCCUACAAAACCUACUACUUCCAUGAAGACCCAAAUGAAGUUGGGAUUUGUAGAAACCACAAAAAUCAAAGCCAGCUGCAAGCAUGGCUCUCCUGGCUUAACAGAAUGGACUGAAGUGGAAGAUGCUGAGUGUGCUACAGAUGCAGUGACCUUUCCAGUGGCUUGGGUCUCCCAAUCCUCUGAACCAGCUGACACUGGUAUACAAGCAACUACAACCAACUACACGGUGCACACUAAUGGAAGAACUUCACCUACAGCAGUUGGACCCACAACACCCUCAUUGGGGGCUUCUGAGAACCCAGUAAUGCACCCAUACAGUGCAGAACCUGCAGAAGCUGCAAGAAGCAAAACUAUCUUGUCCACCAGAAGGGCAACUGAAAUGGAGAUGCAAGCUGCCAGUAACGCCUCUCCAAACAGAAGGGGAGGACAAACUUAUUCCCCUAAUUCUGUGAUAGUCUCCACAGUAACCAAACUGAAACCCAAGGAACAUCCUUCCAGAGAAGUAUUAGGCCUGGAAACCUCAUUGGCUCAUGCCAGCAGCCCAACUGAGAUGGAAAUUACAAGUGUCUCACCUGCUUGGACUGAAGCUAAAAACCUGUUGAGCUCCUCAGGAACUAGGGAGGCAACUUUCUUCCCUCAUGGUACAGAAAAGGUAUACUCCACCAAGGUUCUCCAGUCUUCAGACUUCCGCAGCCUACCUGAGGGGAGGAUACAGAAAUAUGGAGUUGGUUACAGAAUGGGGGCUAGAUUAGUUACACUUCCCCCUCCACAGUCAAGGCUAAGGACUGAGCUAGUGCCAUCGGCAGAAAUGCCUGAGUCAACAGCUGAGAAACUGACCCCCAUCCAUACUGAAUCCACAACUAACCAAGCCCAGACAGGUGUAAAAAGAGUUGCCCUGUCCUUGGAAACAAAGCCCACCAACAUAGCAUACCCUGCAGAGGGACCCUCACUGCUGCAGCCUUCCAGCUCCAUUGAACGAAGACUCAAAACUGCAAGUAAACAACCAAUGCAUGCAAAUAUGAGUGUCAAGGAAAGCCUGGCACCUCCACAAGGGACUCCUACAACUUCCACUUCUACAGAGGAGUUUCAACACCAUUCUACACAAGCUCUAGGCACUCUGGCUUCUCCGUGUCCUCAAUACAGACCAGUGGAGGCUGAAAGAGGAAAAACCUUCCUUCUCCCCAUGAGAGAGAGACUGCCUGCUGAAGAUGAAACCCAUAUGAGCCCUCUUGCUGCAGGAGUUUCAGAGAGCCAAACAGCCAGUUCAAUUGAGCUACAAACUAAAGCUUCACUAGUUAAACAGCACCUUGCUCCCCAUGCAGAAAGAGCUGUCUUUCCCACAGCCAACCCUUCAGAAGCUGUGACUGCCCCACUGUUGGGAAUGGAACCUGCUUAUGUGGUGAUCUCUGAAGAACUGGACCACCCACCAAUCUACCCAUACUCUUGGACUGCAGAGAUGAACAUGAGUGCUGGAAAGCAGCUGAGCUUGUCAGAAUACAGCAGCAGAACAGAGAUGGGAGCACAAGAAUUCAAAGAUGAGCACAGGAAGGAAGGAAGAGCUAGCCCAAUGCUCCCUUCUAAGGCAGUGAGGCCAACUCUCAAUCAUGUCAUGUUCCUUCAGGCAAGUAGGCUCAAGAAAAAGCUGUUCCCCUUUGAACAAACCCAGGCACUUCUGGGAAAGAAAUCCACAGAACCAGUGAUCACCACAGAGGAAUUGCUGCUCUCCUCUGGGAACUGGCAGAUGCACCAAUUACAGAAGAAGCCACAAACCUUGCCAGGAAAGGAGGCAGCAGAGAAAUUCAGAUUCUAG